AUGGCUGACUCUUCGCAAAUCAAAAAAAUGCAGGAAGGAUUUGUGGUACACGAAUCGAGCCAGCCCAUUUUUGACGCUGCACAGCUCUGUACAAAGCAUUUUGAAGAUUACUUCAAAGCAGCAGAUGGCGCAAAGGGAGAUAAUUAUUUGGAAAUGGAAGAGCAAUGGGGGCGAUUCAACCAAUGGGCAGCAUACAUUGGAGCUUUCGCCGUGCCACGGGCGUCUCUUGAUGCGCGAUUGACUCCCCACAUAGAGAUCAAAGAUAUGGUACUCGAGCUGCUAGACAUGAUGCAAGAUAAUUUCGUUUGGGUAAAUUCUGUCGACAACGCGGAAGAAAUAUCAGAAUCGAGCGUUGGACUGCCUGCCAUAAAAGCGGCAAUAGAUCGACUUCUCAUUUUAUCGGCGAACAUCCGCCGCUCAGCACGCCAUAGUGAUCGCUUGAAGCAAAAUAGUCGCAGUGACCAGCAUGAAUCUUUAUAUCUUUUGCUUGUGCAAAAAAGAUUCCCCGGCGCGCGGGAGAGCCUUUGCAGCCAGCUUGGAUCUUCCAUUCAUACACGGGGGAUUUCGCUACAGUACAUGCAAGAGCAUAAUAAGAAGCUUGCGUAUCACCGGAAGGACACAGACGACUUGGAAGUCACAGGGGGGGAGCACGAAGAACGGAUAACCGCUCCGGCGGUAUCACACCUCAAGAAAGAUAUGGUGCCCAAGAGACACGAAAGGAAGGUCGCGCGAGGCCCUGAAACGCUUCAUUCUGCAGUCUCACCCUCUGCAGUGGAACGUAUCAAACAGACUACAAGAUAUCCUUCGAGUACUAUUAUCAGCAGAGGCUCAACUAUUCAAGAUGCCCAGCUCAAUGAAUACGACAACCCUCCUAAACCGAAGCAAAGAGACAGAAAUAGAUCCCAACCUUGUGCUAUCUGCGCCGAGCCUCUGAAUCCACAUUCCCUGACAACGCUCGCUUGGAGUACUCAUGUUGAUCAAGAUAUUGAACCUUAUAUCUGCAUUUCUGAAGACUGCAUUGAGCCUCCCCAGUACUUCAUUAGUGUACAAUCCUGGAUGGAUCAUAUGCAGGUACGCCACUCAAAGAACUGGUCAAAAAAGAUCCACACAGAGAGAUGGUAUUGCGAUGUCAACCACAGCGAGCCUGGCAAAGAUCAGCCAGAGUUCGACACAAAAUCAAAGUUCUUAAAUCAUCUCAUAACCGAUCAUGGGGAUAAGCUCACAAAUUCACAAAUUAUGGGACGUAUACGACGAAACCGACGGGUAGCGACGAGAGAUGAUCCCUUCGCAUGUCCUCUUUGCAACUCUGUUCCGUCAGAUGUUGAGAAGCGUAGGACAGAAGAGCCGUAUGAGCUUCUCUGGAAACACAUUGCUCGACAUCUGAAAUCGCUGGCUUUUCUCUCCCUCUCUUACGUAGAGAAAGCAGAGGAAGCCCCAGAAGAUAUAAGAAACAGCAUCGCUUUCUCAGAGGAAAAAAGCGACGGAGACGGUGCCAGUUUAUCUACGCGUCCCAUUAUUGAUCACAGCGACUGCGCGGAUCCAAUCCAAGAUUUUACGCUGGAAUGGUCCAGCUUCGAGGCUGAAUCUAAAUUCACGGUCGCUAUACCAAAAGAUAAGCUCCCAACGGCUCAUGACGAUCCUAGCUACAGUUUCACAAAGAAUGCGCGGGAAUGGGAAUUCUGGUAUCCCCUCUCUCUUAAUCGCAAGAAGAUAGGUCCACCCGAGUACGAAGGCCACGACAAGGACAAAACAUUGAGGCCCUUCUUCCGGGAAGUCCCGCUCAGUUUCUCAACAAAGGGCCAAUACACUGUUGGUUGGAUAUGCGGUUUAUCGACUGAAUUCGUUGCCGCCCAGGCAUUUUUAGAUGACAGUCACCCGCCACCUGAAGACCUAUCUCCCAGCGACAAUAACACCUAUAAGCUGGGCAGAAUCGGUCGUCAUAAUGUCGUGAUAGCGGUCCUUCCCAAUGGCGAAUAUGGACUAUCAUCUGCAACAGGCGUUGCAAAAGAUUUGCUGCGCAGUUUUCCCAAUAUUAGGAUUGGUCUAAUGGUAGGGAUUGGAGGCGGGGCUCCAAGCGCAAAGCAUGAUAUCCGUCUUGGCGAUGUUGUCGUGGCCGUUAGUAACGGACAGGGAGCUGUGGUUCAGUACGACUUCGGAAAACUCAUACAGGGCGAAGACUUCAGCGAAUUGGGAUAUUUAAAUCAAGCACCAGUAUUACUUCGAACAGCAGUCAACAGCCUAAAAGCUGAGUAUGAGCGUGACGUGGAGGGGAGCCGAAUCCAAAAGGCCAUCGACAAUGUUCUUGCUAAUAGACCAAGACUACGAAGAAAUUAUCAACGGCCUGACGAAUCUUCUGAUAGAUUGUACCAAUCUUUAGUUAUUCAUCCACCCGAAGGUGAAGUUGAUUGCUUCACGGCAUGCGGCAACGACCCGUCAACACUGGUUGAGCGACACAAAAGAGGCGACGAUGAUGACAACCCAGCAAUCCAUUAUGGUCUAAUAGCUUCUGCAAAUACACUUAUGAAAGAUGCUUUAGUCCGAGAUAGCCUUAUUGCGAGGAAAAAUAUCCUUUGCUUUGAAAUGGAGGCCGCUGGUCUGAUGAAUUACUUCCCAUGCUUAGUUGUUCGAGGAAUAUGCGAUUACUCCGACUCACAUAAAAAUAAAGCAUGGCAAGGCUAUGCAGCUAUGGCAGCUGCAGCAUAUGCAAAAGAUCUCCUUCAUCAGAUCGCUCCCAGCAGGAUUGAAGGGGAGACGAAGCUUAGCGAGGCUGUGUUUGGUCUUCACGACAUCGUAGAAGAACACCGCAAUAUUGCAAAAGAGCAGCUGCAGAUGCAUAAGGACUUGGCUACUAAGAAAUUCUCAGACGAAGAGAGAGAAUGCCACCGUGCAUUCCGUCUUACAUCUGAUAGCAAAGAUGCCACAACUUACCUCUGGGUGUAUCUUAUCUUUGAGCAUCUGGAAGAACUGGAUUUCAAAAAGACUCAAAAAGGAGUUGAGUCCACUAUAGCUAUGCUUCCAAGCAGUAUUAAUGAGGCGUACGAGCGCAUCCUCAAUAGGUCUAAGGAACGCCAGACAGUGCAAAAAGCUCUAAGCAUUGUUUUGGCUGCCAAUCGACCGCUGACCCUUGCGGAAAUGAAUGUCGCUAUGAAUUUGAUUGAAACAUCACAGAAUACAUACGAGCUUGACUUGGAGGAUGUAGAAUCAUUCAAAUCACGAAUUAGAUCUCGCUGUGGCUUGUUCAUUACAAUACAUCAUAACAGAGUCUAUUUCAUUCAUGAAACUGCAAGAGAGUUUCUCCUUGCUGAAAGAACAUCACUUGCUGCUGAACUGCCAUUAUCGAGGGGCUGGCAGCGCUCUAUUUCUCUUCGCCAUGCACAUAGUACUUUAGCAGAGCUUUGUGUAAUAUAUCUGGACUUAUUCAACUCUAAUGAAGAGUUUCAAAAAGAUAUAGAAGAAAUCCGCGUUCGUAACGGGAAUCUUCUAGGCUUUUUGGACUACGCAGCUGAAAACUGGAUCGCGCAUUUCAAUGAAGCAGACAUUGGUUAUAAUGCUGCUGUUUUACCUCUCGCUAUGAGAAUCUGCGAUCCAAGAUUAAAGAGCCGCUCAUUGUGGUUUCGAAUUUUGCAGAAAAAUAUAUAUCUGGAAGGUCUUUCGGAGAAUGCUACAGAACUUACAUUGGCGUCGUUCUUUGGGCUCAACGCUAUUGCUAAGCAGUGCCUUGAAAAGAGAGCUAAUAUCGAGGCAACGGAUGAAACCGGCAGAACACCGCUAUCCUUAGCAGCUUCAAAAGGCCAUGAUGCGAUUGUGAAGUUGCUGCUUGAGAAAGGUGCUGAUAUUGAGGCAAGGGAUAUCAAAGGCAGGACGCCGCUGUGGCGGGCAGCUUCAGUUGGUCAUGAAAGCAUUGUGAAGAUGCUGCUUGGAAAAGGAGCUGGUAUUCAAGCAACGGAUAGGGGUGGUAGGACGCCGCUGCAGCAGGCAGCUUCUGAAGGCUAUGAAGAAAUUGUAGGGAUUCUGCUUAAGAAGGGAGCUGAUAUUAAUGCAGCGGAUAAUGAAGGUAGAACGCCGUUGUUGUGGGCAGCUUUCAGAGGCCAUAAAGGCGUUGUAAAGAUGCUGCUUGACGAAGGAGCUGAUGUUAAUGCAACAGAUCACGAAGGUAAGACGCCGCUAUCGCAAGCAGCUUCAUAUGAACGUGAGGAAAUUGUGGAGAUACUGCGUGAAAAAGAGGCAGAGCUCGAGGCAGAGCGCAGACAUAGCCCCUAA